AUGGACCUGUGUGACGGGCCGCUAAUGCUAUUGGGUCCAACGAUGAACGCGAAGGUGGCGUUUGAGCUUUCAGAGCGGAUUCCCCAUCUGGGGCUGAGAAUGAAGGAGCACUGCAACCGGGCAAUGCAGUUCGCCACGAGGCUGAAGAAGGUGGGAAUAAGAGUGAUCUACCCGGGGCUGGAAGAGCACCCGGAUCACGCCCUCUUCAAGUCCAUGGCCAACAAGGGCUACGGCUAUGGCGGCCUCAUAGGCGUCGACAUGGAGACCGAGGAGCGGGCCAACCGCCUCAUGAACCUGCUGCAAAACCACACCCAGUUCGGGUUCAUCGCGGUCAGCUUGGGCUACUACGAGACCCUCAUGUCCUGCUCGGGUAGCAGCACCAGCAGCGAGAUGAACACCGAGGCGAAGGAGCUGGCCGGGAUCUCCCCCGGGCUGAUCAGAAUGUCCGUGGGGUACACCGGGACCUUGGAGCAGAAAUGGGGGCAGCUGGAGAUGGCACUCUCAAGAAUGCAGCAGGAUUCUUCUGCUGGUUUGUUCCAGAAGAGCUGA